AGCAAUGCCUGCCUGCAAGCCCAAGCCGAGAAACAGGAAGCCAAGGGCUUCAUCGCCUCUUCCUGAGCGUCGCUCGGAACAGCCCCCAGGUCUUUCUGGGCCAGUCUGGCCCCUCCCUUCCGCAGCCGCAUCCUCACACCCCAGCUUCACACCGGUGGCGAGGGCAGGUGCAGUGGGCGAGAGACAGGGGCUGGCUGCCGGGAGCCCUGCCGAGCCGGGGAGCCAAGGGGGACCGGCUGCUCUGGCGCAGGAUGGAGUCUGUGGCUUUGUACAGCUUCCAGGCGACGGAGAAGGACGAGCUGCCCUUUCGCAAGGGGGACACGCUGAAGAUCCUGAAUAUGGAAGACGACCAGAACUGGUAUAAAGCCGAGCUGUACGGCUCAGAAGGAUUCAUCCCGAAGAAUUACAUCAAAGUCAAGCCACACCCGUGGUACGCGGGAAGGAUCUCCAGGCAUCUGGCUGAAGAAAUCCUCUUGAAACGCAAGCACUUGGGAGCCUUCCUGAUCCGCGAGAGCGAAAGCGCCCCGGGGGAAUUCUCCAUCUCUGUGAACUACGGGGAGCAUGUCCAGCAUUUCAAGGUACUCCGAGAGAGGAAUGGCAAAUAUUUCCUCUGGGAAGAAAAGUUCAACUCCUUGAACGAGCUGGUGGAUUUCUACAGAACCACAACUAUCGCCAAAAAGCAACAGAUCUUCCUGAGAGACGACGACCAGAACCAUGAGGUACAGGGCUGUUCGGCUGCCCACACAGGUCACUCCAGGAGGGUUGCGAAAGAAGGAGAGGGCAGUGCCCAGCCCAGCAUGUCCACUGCUCACCAGCCAAAUCACAAGGUGAAGAAGCCGAAGUUCGUCCAGGCUCAGUUUGACUUCUCCUCCCACGAUCCGUCCCAGCUGGCCUUCUACCGAGGGGACAUCAUCGAGGUCCUGGACUGCCCUGACCCCAACUGGUGGAGAGGGAAGAUCUGUGGGCGAGUCGGCCUGUUUCCACGGAACUAUGUCCACCACAUUCACAUGUGACCUGCUAGCCAGUGUCUGCCGGGACGCCGGCGCUCCCUGGCUGCCCCUUACAAAAUAAACUGCAAUCCCCUUGCCCUGAUGCCAUAGAGCUUUUAGGGGACAAGUUACCAGAGCACCAAGGACCUUUCCCAGGCUUAAAGCCAUACUGGGGGAUGCCGCACGGGACGGACCUGAACCCUCUGGGAACUGUGUGCUCCGGUGAAUCCCCGUGCGCCGCAGAAGCAGCCUGCACUAGGCAUUUGCGCACAGGGUGUUCAGUGCGACAGAAGAGGAGGCAACUGGUGGUGUAUCCCUUCUUCUUCGUCCUCCGUCUAGCUCCACUGCAAGCCCUUUGGGGCAGGGACCUUUGUCCUCACACCUUCCUGCUAAGUGCCAAGCACACAAUAAACCAUCAUAAUCCCACUGAGUGAGCCUGCUCUCUGAGGGCAAGGCGUGUGGGGCUUGGCUUUUCCCAGCUCCUGGGCUUGUGAGCAGCCAGGUCAGGCAGCUGUUGAGCCAAGAGGAUUAAGAUUAACCCUUCCACCAAGUAUUUCCAACGCGCGUUCCUUUGACUGCCUGCCUCCUUCUAGAAUCAGCCCUUUUCCCUCCCCAGAUCUCAGACAGGCAGGCGCAGGGCCAGGGGCUUUCCAGUGGGGGUUUCUCAUACAGAAGUGACCAACCGAGCACACUGACUUCUGUAGGUGGGCAAAGGUAGGCAUGGUGCCACCAUGCCCAACUUGCCCCAAACCUGCCCCUUGCCCAAACCUCCUCUCCAUUCUAGAACACCAGGGCCCUCGAUGCAGCUGUCCCGUCUCCCUGGCGGGUCCCUGGGCAUUCUCCCUGCAUCCUGAAACUGCGGGGGGGUUUACAGAGGUUUGCCCCCAGCUGCCGUUUCAGGAGACAUAUCUUUGAGCUUGGGCAUCUCUCCCGUCUUUCUCAGCCUGGAGCCGCGAGGACCUGCUUGGAUGCGCUCUGCACUGAAGUGAUCCUGAGCAAACAGCGCGAGUGCAAUCCACAGUGAUUAACGAGGAGGCUGUGGGAGGGGACCGCGCAUUCCUGGCUCCUUUAAUAGGGCUUCACAAAACAAUCAAAGAAGCCUUACGGUUUUUACGGCACCUGGUUACGAGCUAACUCUGACACUCUGCCAGCUGUGUUCCAUCGCUCACCCGGGCUGGAGAGAUUGAAUUCAUUGUUCAUGCAAAUGUAGCUCUGUCCCACCCAGGGCUGGUGUCGUCCCAUUAUCAACGGAUGGCACAAUUCUGGGCCAGAUCCCACCUUGCCAAAGCAGGUGCGAUGCAGCUGAAGUCAGUGGAGUUACAUCCUCACGCCAGCUCUGGAUUUGGCCCAAUGAUUAGAAACUGCACUUGGAUUGUGGGUUGGGCGAGGGGGAGGGGAGGUUGUUUUGGCCCGCUUUAAAAUCCAGCGUCACACUUGGGAAUCUUGCCAAGUGGGAAGGAAGAGAUUAAAAUUCUGUGCCCUUGCAGGCUGUCUCCCUGAGAAGAAAUGGUGUAUUUAAAAAGCAAAGACUGGUGAAACCUGUUAGAGAAGGGGGCAGAGGCAUAAGAUGCCCUUUUUGUUCUCCUCCAACUCACCACAAGGGCUUCAGGGCUUGCUACAAGCUGCGAGCUCAGCGAGAUGCUAUUAAUGGUCUAAACUUAAGGCUGUGGCCUGAACAAAGCAUAUAGCACCUUACAAAUGCCUCUUAUCGUUGAGGAGUCUAACACGUGCUACUUCUAUACUUACCUGAGCCUCACGGAAAAAGUGGCCACAAGAGUGGCCAGCAAACUGAGCUGAAGAAAGAUAAGGGGUCAACCUGGAAAUACUUUCUGAAGAAACAUGUAAUGAAUCCAUGGAACUCACUGCUGCAGGAUGUCAUUCAGGCAAGUGGUUUAAUUGGCUUCAAAAGAGGAUUAGCCACUUCUGUGAAUAAGCAAAAUGUUUCAUAGCUAGGUUCAGAGCUUCCAAGGGGCACCAUAAGUCCAAGUGUUUCAGAGCAUCAGAGAAAUUUUACCCCAUGGGCACAAGUUUUACCCCAUGGAACAGUCAGGUGCAUUAUGGGAGAUCAUCUUCUGCGGCAUCAGGCUUUGGUCAAUGCUGGCAGCAGGGGGCACCAGACAAAAUAGGCUGCCGGACCAUGUCAGUUUGGCAAUUUUCUGUUCAUCCGAACUCAGGCUGUAAACUGGCAUUAGUGCCUUGGUCUUUCACUCAGACUUUGUGCGUUGCUGAUCGACUGAAAACCAGAGGGUAGCCUGGGACUAUAAGGCUACUUCAUUCACAGGCACCUAAGUUAAAGGCUACUGAACUAAUGUUUGCCUUGUCCUGAGUUGGCUGAAGAAGGCUUGAGGCAGGCCUCCUUAGCAACGAAGAACGACCACCGUGGUCCACAUCUGAGCCAAACCUGCGGGCUGCCUCAGCUUGUCAGCUGCACAGACAUCGUGACAGCACCGAGCUACUGAGCCACAGAACCCCCGACACAGCAUCGUGUGCUACCGUGUGAAAUGUCAUCUACCUUCCCGCUCCCCUCCAACUGGCUCCAAACCUGGCUAGGUUGUAAAUUCCACGAGACCAGUCUGAACCCAGAACACGCAGUGGGCUCCUUGUUAAUAUCGGGGGUGCAUUAGGGUGUCACGUUUUGACUACACCUUCAGGGGGAAGGAGAAGCCAGUGGUGGUGUCAGCAGCUCUUUUUAGCUUCUAUUUCCAAACUACUAUUCAAUCAGCUUGAUUUUUUAUCUAUAGCUUGUUUCCUGAGGUCAUUAAAGAAAGUAAAGCAGA